GAGACGAUCGUGGGCAGACCAUGCGGUGCCCCGGCCUGCCCCUCUGCGGGCUGCUCUGGCUGGGGCUGCCCCUCCUCUACGGCCGCCCGGUGAAGAUCGACAAGGUCAAGGCGGAUGCUAAAAACCUCACGCGGACGCUCAUCGCCCGGAUCCAGGAGCUGCAGGUGCGGGGUUAUCUGCUGCCCGUCAACCUGAAGGUCUCGGGCCUCGACUUCUUGCCGGGCGAGCGGCCGCCGGAGAGCUUGGAGGCCAUGGACGCCACGCUGCAGGUCUUCCAGCGCGUGCUGGCCGGGCUGCCCCUGGACGCCGUGCCCGGGGCGCAGCUGGCCAACGACAUGGAGAACCUGCGCAGCCUCCUGCGCCUGCUGGGCGCCCACCUGGGCUGCGCGCCCCCCGCCGCCCCCGCCGCCCCCGCGCUGGGCAACCUCACGGACCUGCUGGCCGAGGCCCCCUACUCCGCGGCCGCCGUGGCGCUGGACCGUCUCCACAAGAGCCUGCACGGCAUCACCAAGCACCUGGACCAGCUGCGGUGCUGCUAGCGGGGCCCGCACCGCGCGACCCGGCGCCCCUGUCUCCACCCGAGCCCUGCUCCUUAGCAGACAUCGGCCUGCGCGCCCCCGGCGCCGCGGGCUGCUCCGUGCCGCUUGACCAGCGGACUGUCGGGGAGGCAUCAGCAGCUGGCGCUUGAGGGGUUAAAGCCCCCCCAAGCUUGGCCAAGAGCAUCCCCCCAGUAUUUAUUUAUUCCCUACAUCUUUGUACGGCCAGGUGCUGCCCCCCAUGACCCACGGGGUGAUGGGCAGCUCCCGGACCCUGGGCUCCCCUGCGGGGCAGAGGCAGGGGCCGGGGGGAGCUCCGUGGCACCCCGGUUUUGUAUUUAUCCCCACUUCCCUGGCUUGAGAGAGAGAAAGCAGCUCUGGGGGGACACUCCAGGCUCCAACGCGCCCGGGGCGGAGGGGUCGGGGUGGCCGUGGGGUGCAGGACCCCAGGGCAGGCUGCAGCCCCAGGGCUGGCUGGUCUGGUCCUGGCAUGAUGCUGGUCUGAGAGCCCCCCCACCUCUUCCCCAAUGGCUUCCGGGGGGGG